GAUCAAGCCGGCCUGUGUGACACGGUUCCACGCAAGAGGAAAGCCAAGGGAGAGAGGAUCCGCCACUACGGCAGGUAGUAGCCUACGGCCGUCCGCGGGAUCACUCGCCAUGAAAUAGGCUACCUGGUGCCUGUUACACAUCCUAACCUCCAUUUUUCCAACUGUUUGGAGGAAGAAUCAAAGUCCAUCCAAAGCAAGAACGUUUUUUUGAAGGAAAAUGAGCACCUACACUAUCACCCUCAAUGGACCGGCACCUUGGGGAUUCCGUCUACAGGGAGGAAAGGACUUCAACAUGCCCCUGACCAUCUCCAGGAUCACACCUGGGAGCAAGGCUGCGCAGGGCAACCUGGUCCAGGGCGACAUCAUCGUGGCCAUCGACGGGGUCCACACGGAUGGCAUGACUCACCUGGAGGCCCAGAACAAGAUCAAGUGUGCCGUCAACCUGGCUCUCACCAUGACCAAGUCCAAGCGCCCUGUUCCACUUCCUAUUGGCCACACAAGAGUCGAUGGUUCCAUGCCUGUUAUCCCUCACCAGCAGGGGCAAAUAAAUGGUAGCCCCGUGCCCCCUAACACCCCAGCUGGCGGUAUAGACACUUCUGGUGAGGCAAACCUCUCCAUCAACUCCUCGACGCCCGCCAAGGGGCAGUCUCCAAGCCCGACCAAGAGGAAGCAGUAUAACUGCCCCAUCGGUCUCUACUCCGAGGAGACCCUGCGGGAGAUGGCUAUGGUGCAGGAGAGCCAGAAGGCUAAGGGCUCCGGCACAGGCCUUUUGCUGGGCAGCGAGUACCUCCCCAAUUUCAACCCCACUGCUUUGAAGGACUCGGCCUUGUCCACUCACAAGCCCAUUGAGGUGCCAGGCCCGGGCGGCAAGGCCACCAUCAUCCACGCCCAGUACAACACCCCCAUAAGCAUGUACUCGCAGGACGCCAUUAUGGACGCUAUCGCUGGGCAGACCCAGGCCCGGGGUAAAGAAGGUACUCUCCCAGUAAAAGACCGUGUUGUAGACAGUGCCUCCCCAGUGUAUCAGGCGGUCAUCCAGAAGAAGGAUAAGAAUCUGGAGAUCGAGGAGGGGACUCGUCGGGCUGCCCACCACCAGUCCAAGUCCUUCCGUGUCCUUGCCCAUAUCACUGGCACCGAGUACUUGCAAGACCCAGAUGAGGAUCGUCUGAUGAAGUCAAGGGAAAAGUUUCAGUCAGAAGCUCAAGGCCCACGUUUUGCUAGAUUGAAAAACUGGCAUCAUGGUCUAUCUGCCCAGAUCCUCCAUGCGUCAGAAUAUCCUAUCCCCACCCCCUUACCCACCCCUGUGCUCUGUCCUCUCUACUCUACUCUACUCUGGUCUGGUCUGGUCUGGUCUGGCUGUGUUAACAUCUCCUCUGUCCUCUGCAGCUCUCAGUCCCCCUCACAGCCUGAACCUGCGCCACAGCCUGUGUCGCCCCCACAGACUCAGGCCCUGGCACCAGUGGCCCCCGAGGCCCCUGCAGUCUCACCCAGGGCCCCCCGCCACCUGAACCCUGCUGCCUCCCAUAUCUCGUCCGCUCUGUCUGCGCAGUCUAGAAACCAUGUUUAUAAACGAGGGCCGCCGCCCACCUCGGCUUUGGAGGCCCUGACAAUCACCCCGAUGUUCCGCACCAGAAAUUUGCCCAAACGUGGGCGCUCCCUGCCCUCGGGGAAACCCAAGCACCUGAGCUACAGCCUGCAGUCUGCCUCUGGUUACAGCUCCCACUUCACAACCUCCAUGUCCAGCCAGUACAUGUCGGGUCCACCCAUGCAGGCCCCGAUGCAGCCUCCACCACAAAUGCAGCAUCCGCCACAGAUGCAGCACCCACCACAGAUGCAGCACCAGCCACAGAUGCAGCACCAGCCACAGAUGCAGCACCCGCAACAGAUGCAGCACCAGCCACAGAUGCAGCACCCGCCCAUGCAGUACCCCCCCAUGCAGUAUCCGCCAAUGCAGUCUCCAGCCAUGCACCAGAUGCCCAUGCAGCCACCGCCACCCAUGCAGCAAAGCUCCAUUCAGAUCCCUGUGGGCCCCCCACCACAGCAGCCUAAAAUGGUCAGCACUGCCACCAUCGUGCCUGCCAGCUAUCCCUCAGCACCAGCUCCUCCCCCGGCUCCUGCCCCAGUCCAGAUCCCCAUCGCCAUGGCCCCAGCCCCGGCCCCCUCCGCUCCCACUCCCCCCGCCAACCGCCCUCCCUGGGUGACGGACGACAACUUUGCCCAGAAGUUCGACCCUGGCAAGACCACCAGCACCAGCAUGAAAGUGCAGCCUCUUCCCCAAUCCGCCCCUCCUCCUCCUUCCAUCAUCUCUAACCCGGCCCCUGCCCCGGCUCCCAUGGGCGGCCCCUCGCCCUACACCCCUGCUGCCCCCUUCCCCCCUGUGGCCCGGGGGGUGGCCCAGAGAGCAGAGCGCUUCGCUGCCGGCAGCAGGACUCCCAUGUGUGGGUCGUGCAACCAGAUCAUCAGAGGCCCAUUCCUGGUGGCCCUGGGCCGCUCUUGGCACCCUGAGGAGUUCAACUGCCACUACUGCCAAAUGUCGCUGGCUGACGCCAGCUUUGUGGAGGAGCAGAACAGCGUGUACUGCGAGAACUGCUACGGCGAGUACUUCGCCCCAAGCUGUGCCCGCUGCAGCACCAAGAUCAUGGGGGAAGUGAUGCAUGCGCUGCGGCAGACUUGGCACACCACCUGUUUUGUGUGCGCCGCGUGUGGGAAGCCGUUCGGAAACAGCCUGUUCCACAUGGAGGAUGGCGAACCUUACUGUGAGAAAGAUUACAUCGCCCUUUUCAGCACUAAGUGCCAUGGCUGUGACUUCCCUGUGGAGGCUGGGGACAAGUUCAUCGAAGCUCUUGGUCAUACCUGGCAUGACACUUGCUUUGUUUGCGCGGUGUGCAAUGUCAACUUGGAGGGCCAGCCAUUCUACUCUAAGAAGGACAAACCCCUGUGCAAGAAGCAUGCUCAUGCCAUAAAUGUGUAGAUGCUCCUGGAGAUGAAUAAGAGGAAUGGGCAGUAACGUAACGUGCCAUAUGUUAUUACUGUGUACUGGCAAAGCACAUUUCAAACAGAACCAUCAGUGUCAGUCAAAGUAGAACAUCCCAUUUGACUUAAAAUGAUGAUUGCGAUUCUAACGUGGUGGUAGUACCAUGAAAAGUAUGAUUGUUAAAGGUUCAGCCAUAAGUGUCCCAUUGGUUAAACAAUUUAUUUAUUUCAGAAUUAAUAUAUGAUUGUGCUUCUCUACUGACACAAAAUCACAAAGCCCCAACUUUGUUACUUAACCAUGGCCAUUUAUAACUAGACAGCAAACAUGGUGAGGUUUGUUUGAAGAUUUAAGCAUUCACUUGCAUCAGCUUUCUUUAAUUUACAUAAGAGCUGCACCUCCUGUAUAUAUUUUUUGGCCUUUAUUUUUUAUCUUACCAGAAAGAAUAAAUAGACACAAGGGAACAGUUCCCAAAGCCAAAAUACUUUUCUAUGCAUUUUCUGUGCCUUCAUGUAGGACCUGAAUACAUGUUACAAUUGGAUUUAUACUAAAAUUGCCAUGUUUAAUUAUGUGUUAAAGUAAAGGGUGAAUUUCAGAUCAAUGUAUUUCUCGGUCACACUCACUGUUUACUAAGACGGUAUACUCGUACAGGUACAAGUACAGUGUCCAUACAGGUUAACUCAUUUUAUAUACCAACAUGUACUAUGUGUGAAGUGCUUAUGAUUGUGUACGACUGUGUGUGUGUGUGUGUGUGUGUGUGUGUGUGUGUGUGUGUGUGUGUAUGAAUCAGUAUUAACAUGUUUGUGCCAGUAGAAUAGCUUGCGUGAGUGUGUGUACAAAUUCUGGUGAAAUAAUUUGUCUUUUAAAUUAAAUAUAACAGAGGACACCGCCUUGGUUGUGAUCAAGUGUUUUCAUCUGACUAAUGAUAGAAUUAAACUACAAAUGAACAGUAAUACAAAUGAUGUGAAGUUAUUUAGUUUUCUACCACAUGAGUGGAUAUUAAUUACACCGUUUAUAGCGCUGUUUUUUUGUGAUAUCACAUUGUUGUUUUUCCCAUGUAAAGAAUUCAGUGGUAGCUUGAAUCUAUAUGAACUACUGAAUAUUUGUAACAGCUAAGUGUGAAUGAACUUUCCAGUGUGUUUAUCCAUCUUAGUCUGUAUUGAAAUAAUGCAUCAAAAUAGUUUACACUUGGACUUUUAAACCUUUGAUAGGGAAAGUGAGGACUUGAUUCUUUUGUAAAAGCAUGAAAGACAGGGUUAUCACAAAUAUGAUGGGUUUGGUUAGGCUGGGUUAUAAAGAGUAAUUUAUCAAGGGAUGCAGGUUACUGAAAUGUGUGCUCUUAAAAUACAUUGAAGAAAUGUGUAAAAAGGGUGAGUCUUGAAAUGUCAUGUUUAGUAUAACUUGAUAUUACACUGUUAGGCUAUUAAAUACUGUCAUCUUAGAACAGACUUCUGAAGGACCACAUCACUGUGCCAAAUGAAUGUCUAAUGUUUUAUUAGGUGUUAUUUUAAUUUUCCACCAAAAGACAAAGGAAAUCAAACAAAGAUCUAGUACCGUCACAGUUUUCUGCAUCUGCAUCAUCCAAGUAUCUCUAGCUCAUUUCACAAACCAUUCCCUGCCAUUCAUCUUUGGACUUUUGAACUUUCUGUAUCUCAUUCAUUCCAUUACAACGAGCAGGUUAUCCCAAGGUAUAGACCCCCUUCACUCAGAACACAUGCGCAGACACAUUUGCCAUGUCUCUCAUAUCUUGGCGUAGCUGGUUGUAUCAGUGUUUGAAAGUAUAAAUGGCCCUGAUUUUUGACCUUUAAAUGUGGCCUCUGGUGGGUCCUUCAUGUGUCACAGCCUACUUGUUUUUCUCUCAGUUGUGUCAUUAGGACUGUUUGUGCAUAAGGUUUGAGUGAUGAGGUUGAGGAGUUGUUUAUGAAACAUAAUGAAGAGAUUAUUUGUUUUUGGCAUGAAAAAAAUGACGUCUCUUAAUAAUAAUUUAUUUGCUUAUUUAAGUUUUUUUUAAGCAGUGUCUGAAAUAAUGCAAUAUGGCCUUGACUUUAAGUAGUUAUGUCCUUAACAUGUCUGCUUGAUAUAUUAGUAGGGUUUUCCGUUGUCUUUUUAUUUGAGGUAGGAGGUUAAUGUAUGCCACUAUCAUUUAUUUUCCAUUGAGCACUAUUUUGAGAUGUAAAGCCAAGAGGACCUCGCAGUCACACAGUCUGACAUCAAAGAUCGGCUCCUUAAAUGCUGCCAAUGGGCAGAAAUGAAAUGCUUGUGGCUUGGUGGUGGCCUUUCCCUCUAGGUGCUAAGCAAGUCAAUGAGGGAUUAACCAAGAAGUAGAAAGGUAUAUUGGUGUUGAAUCUAUUACAACAGCUUUAUUUAUUUAUAGGGGGAAACCGAAUAAUGUCCAUCCUCUUGUAGCUGAAAAGGUUAAAAAUAUCAAAUGCAUGUUGUUCUUCUUUACCACAAACGUUGUGUUGCCUAUAUUUACUGACCACCAGAAUAAAAAUAUAUUGCUUUCAAAUACUUCUACAUUUUGUUAAAUGAUUGCUUUUGAUUCAAUGUCAGGAAAAUCUGGUGAUACCUUUUUUUAUGACAGGAGGUCUGGCUGAAGCUUUGAUAUUUUACUCUUUGGCCAUAAUGUUUUUUUUUUUUAAAUUAUGUGUUGGACAUAAAGUUAUUUAGAACAUGACACAAAGUGCAUCAGAUCAUUUAAGAUUUUUGAAAGUUAUUUUAAAAAAAAUCGAUAUGCUCGCCAAUGUGUGAAUUUGAAUGUUUGGCUUGAAGCUUCACCUUGAGCAAAUAAUAAAAUUCAUGUUUAUGAAUACACAGUACAA